GCAUGAUGAUCAGCCUGAUGGGCCUCGGCGUCUCUGCCUUCCUCAAUGCGCCACGCCUGCUCUCGCGGGCGCCCAGCCCUCGCAGCCGCGCCGCCAUGGUGACCCCGGAUGCCGAGGCGGCUGCAAAGGAGGCCUGGCUUUCGCGCGUCGGCGCUCCGGAAGCGGAGGAGGAGACCAAGCGUGCAGACGCUGUGCGCAAGUCCGAGGAGGUUACCAAGGCGCGGUGGCUCUCGCAGGUGAACGCUCCGGCGUGGGGCGAGACCGCCAUUGCCAUGGCCAAGGUUGCAAGAGAGGCGACCGAGUAUGCCGCGCUCACCGAGGCGUGCAAAGCCGACGAUGCCGAGGCGUGCAGGAUCCUGUCGCUCGAGGAGGGUGCGAAGCGGGAAUGGCUCGAGGGUCUCGACGCGCCCGCGUGGGGCGCUGCCGCGGCGGCGGUCGCCGCAGUGACGGAGGAGAAGGACGCCUUCGGCAUGCUCGACGCAAAGAGGUGGGCCGAGGCGGCGGCCGCGAUGACUCAGGUGGCAGAGCAGGCGGCGGAGCUGGCUGCGCUGCUGGAGCAGUGCGAUGCUGGCGACGCCGCGGCCUGCGACACGCUGUCUCGCGAAGAGGAGGCGAGGCGGUCUUGGUUCGAGAAGCAGGAGCCGCCGCCCCCCUCGGAGGCAAAGGUCGCUUCCACCACUGCUGGCCGACUGGCGCAAGCGGCGGGGCGGGCGGAGGCCAUGGCGGUGCCGCAGGCCUCUCCUCCCCCGGCAGCGACGGUCGCGUCGGCGCCAGUGGUGCCAUGCACGUACUGCGGGGGCACUGGCCGUAUCCCGUGCGGGCGCUGCUUCGGCCACAAGCUGCUCGAGUUCCGGGACGAGGCGGCGGGCCUGCGCGUCGAGGAGUGCGCGACGUGCCAGAGCACGGGCAGCGUCGUCUGCAUCAACUGCCAGGGCUCCGGCACGCAGGUGCCGGAGGAGUUUUACGGGGAGGCCCUCGACCAAAUCCCCGCGAUGCCCUUCUCGGCCCCAGCCCCCACGAUGGCCCCCGCGCCGGCGCCGAUCUUCCCGGCGAUGCAAGGGCUCCCGUUGCGCGGGGUCCCCGCUGCAGCCGGCGUGAGCCUGAUCGUGGCGGGCGCCCUCACUGCAGCCCUCCUACCUUCGGGGCUCUCGACGCCACUCUCGGACAUCCCGGCGCAGCUCUCCGUGCGCAGCGGGUCCGUGGCGGACCGAGUGGAGCCAAAGGCGGUGGUGGAGGCAGUGGCGGGGACGGCGGCAAAGGCGGCCGGUGAGGCCAAGGCGGUGGCGGAGGCAGCGGCGCCGGUGGCGGCGAAUGCGGCGGCGAGGGCGAAGGCGGCAGCGGCGGCGAUGGCGGCGAUGGCGACAGGCAACGUGGCCAGGACGCCGAGGCAGACUGACGUUGUGGGAGCGACGGGGCCCAAGGCGACGGCGGCAGCGACAGGGGCGUCGACCGACAAUCUGCAGCGGAUGCUCGUGACCGUGCCGGCCGGCGUUCGGGCGGGGCAGGCCCUGCCCGUGCAGACGCCCGCAGGGCUGAUGCAGGUGACGGUGCCAAAGGGCGUCGCCGCGGGGAUGCAGUUUGAGAUGCUGGUGCCGGUCGAGCCGAAGGAUGAGGCUGCCGGGCGAGAGACCGAGGCGCAACGCCGCGCUCGUGACGCCGCCCAGGCGCGGGAGCGCGCGGAGGCCGCGGCGGCAACGCGCGAGGCGGAGGCGGCGGCGGCGGCGCAGAAGGCGGAGGCGGCGGCGGCGGCGCAGAAGGUGGAGGCGGCGGCGGCGGCGCAGAAGGCGGAGGCGGCGGCGGCGGCGCAAAAGGCGGAGGCGGUGGCGGCGGCGCAGAAGGCGGAGGCGGUGGCGGCGGCGCAGAAGGCGGAGGCGGCGGCGGCCGCGCAGAAGGCGGAGGCGGCGGCGGCUCAAAAGGCGGCGGCUGCUGAGGCGGCGCACGCUCAAGAGGCAGAGGCCGCAGGAGGCGGAGGCGGAGUGCGGGAGGCGGAGGCCGUGGCGGCGGCGCAGCGUGCGGACGCCGCCAAGGCGGCAGAAACGACAGCGUCGGCGGCCGAGCCAGACGCGGCGAUCGCGGAGGCUCGGGCAAAGAUUGCCGCGCAGCAAGCAGAGUACGACGCCAUCUUCAACCGGAAUUCCAUCGCGGCGGCGGCGGAGGCCGCGGCGGAGAAGGAGGCCGAGGAGGCCAAGCUCGCCGAAGCCAAGUUGGCCGAGGCGCAGGCGAAGAAGAUGGCGGAGGCCAAGCUGGCGGAGGAGGAGGCAAGGGCGGCAGCAGAGGCGGCGGCGGAGGAGGCGAGGGCAGCUGCCGAGGCGGCGAAGGCGGAGUCGGAAGCGUCGUCCGCGGAGGCAGCGCAGCAGCUGGCGGCGGAGGCGGCGGCCGCGGCGCAGAAGGAGGCGGCGCAGGCGGCGGCGGCGAAGAAGAUGGCGACAGCGGCGGAGGCCAGGGCCGCAGAGGAAAAGGCCCAGGCCAGAGCGGAGGCAGCCAAGGCAGCGGAGGAGAAGGCGGCGGCAGCUUCUGCGGCAUGGGAGCAGGAUGCGGCGCGAGACUCCACCCCCGCGAACGCCGCCGCCGGUGACGUUGCGGCUCCGCAGUAG